AUGGCUAGCACCCGCCCCACUGCGGAGGGGCCCUUGACCCACAGGGUCGCACCAGUCGUGCCGGCGGUGGCCAUCUCCAGCUCCCCUCUUCUGGAGGCGGCCCGAGCGGAGCGCAGGGCGAAGGGGCGGAUCUCUCACACAAAGCUUUCUGCGGAUGAUGAGUGGAACCUGCAGCAGGAGAAGAUGUACAAGAUGCACCGGGGCCAUGAGUCCAUGCACGUGGAGAUGAUCUUGAUCUUCCUCUCCACCCUGAUCAUCGCCCAGAUAGUGCUGGUGCAGUGGAGACAGAGACAUGGCCGGUCCUACAACCUGGUGACCCUGUUGCAGAUGUGGGUUGUCCCUUUGUAUUUCACAAUAAAACUUUACUGGUGGCGGUUUCUGUCCAUGUGGGGAAUGUUCUCGGUUAUCACCAGUUACAUCCUCUUCAGAGCUACGCGAAAGCCCCUCUCCGGGAGAACACCCCGAUUGGUCUACAAAUGGUUUCUUCUCAUCUAUAAACUCAGCUACAUAUUUGGUGUUGUGGGUUAUUUGGCUAUCAUAUUUUCAUUGAGUGGACUUCAUUUAUUUUUCAAAAUCAAGGCUAGAGAUGCCAUGGAUUUUGGCAUUGUGUCUCUGUUUUAUGGCCUCUACUAUGGCAUAAUGGGGAGAGACUUUGCAGAGAUCUGCUCGGAUUACAUGGCUUCUACUAUCGGGUUCUACAGCGACAGUGGGAUGCCCACAAGGAGCUUGUCAGACAGCAUCUGUGCCAUCUGUGGACAAAAAAUCAUUGUGGAGCUCGAUGAAGAAGGGCUCAUUGAAAACACUUACCAGCUUUCCUGCAAUCACGUCUUUCAUGAAUUCUGCAUCCGAGGUUGGUGUAUUGUUGGUAAAAAGCAGACCUGCCCUUACUGCAAAGAGAAGGUUGAUUUGAAGAGGAUGAUCAGUAACCCCUGGGAGCGCACACACAUUUUAUAUGGACAAAUCCUGGAUUGGCUUCGUUAUUUGGUUGCCUGGCAACCCAUGGUGAUAGGAAUAGUUCAAGGCAUUAACUACUCACUAGGGCUGGAAUGAUACAGGAAGCAAGGUGUUGCAUGUUGAAAUGUUUCAAGUCCUUGAUUCUACAUUUACUACUGAUAUUCAUUUUUUAAUUUUAGAGAUGAUUCCGAGAGUUUAGAGAACUGAAUAAAACUUGGUGGUCUACCUAAGGCAAUCUGUCUAUGUGGACAGAAUUUAAAGAACUGAGCAACGAAAUAAACCAACGAAGUACACUCUGCAUCUUUCCCAUUACGAUUGUCUUCUGAUCCAUACACGUGACGCGUGUAUUACAAACACCCCCAGGACAUCCCUCCUCUGAUUUGGCUGGUAAUGAUCUCAUCUGCUGAGUGUUUCAGAGGUUUGCAAAGCACUUCUCAC